AUGCCGCGAGAAAUUCAAAUAAAUGUGCCAACAUACAAUAAAAUAAAAGCAGCUCCGGCCCCACCGCGCUUACCGAACAGUGAAACAAGCACCAAGUGCAGUGAAAUAAACCUUGCCGUAACAGAAGCUGACCAAAAGCAUUCAGCUGAUCGACGAAAUGCUUACUUUUCGUUCGUUUCCCCCACAAACAAUGCUGAUCGCGAUAAAUCGUACUCUCCCUCCCCCAAAACCUCGUGCAUUACUUCUUGGCAACAACAAAGCACUAGCUUAGCAAUAAGCACAGUAACAACGGUGAGCGCAGCUCUCACAACAACGACUACAACCACGAACUCAGCAAUGACAGCGGUUUCACAACGCAGUUCACCCACACAUGCACAAACGGCAAUUUCGGCACCAGUCCAAGCCCAGCAACGCAGCUCAGCGCAAGUUGACCUACUUAAUCCAACAACCCGUACAUUGACUCAAACGAGUAUUGAUAGCUUAGCAAUAAGCACAGUAACAACGGUGAGCGCAGCUCUCACAACAACGACUACAACCACGAACUCAGCAAUGACAGCGGUUUCACAACGCAGUUCACCCACACAUGCACAAACGGCAAUUUCGGCACCAGUCCAAGCCCAGCAACGCAGCUCAGCGCAAGUUGACCUACUUAAUCCAACAACCCGUACAUUGACUCAAACGAGUAUUGAUAGAAUAACAGUGGAGGAGCCGCACAAGCGAAACGGUCCUGUACAGUCCACAAAUUGUCAAGAAUUUGGGCAUACCAGAACAUACUGUACCUUAUGUCCAGUGUGUGUUGCCUGUGGCGACCGUCACACUUCCGCUUCUUGCAAGGCUAUCAAAGCUGAUGAGGCUGUAAAGAAAUGCAGUAAUUGCGGAGGUAACCAUACCGCCAAUUAUAGGGGAUGCCCUGUAUACAAAGACUUAAAGUCUCGCAUGAAUCAACGCAACACAGCCGUACGCUCUUAA